AUGAACAUUUUUGGUGACACGUUUGUGAAUGCGUUGAUAAAGAACAUUGCAAAGGGUGGACAAAAUGACGAAGUGGAGAAUAUUGCGAGAAUGAUUUCAGACCUAACAGCGAAGUUUAUUGUAAACAAAGAAAACAACAAUUUCUUUAGCCACUUGAUAGAAUUGUUCAUGAAAUCCACUGAUAUAAAGGAGAUGUACACCACAUGUCCAUAUUCAUUUGCCAACGAGAUAUUGGCCGAUCUUAUAAUGUAUAUUGGAACGUGUUUUAUUGGGAAUACUUCAUUAAUCGAAGAUGUGAUUGUGUUGUUCAGAGGAACUUACACCAAAACAUUAAAAACCAAAACAAAAGAUUUGUAUCCCCUUUUGGGCGUUGUCUUCGCAAUGACAUUUUGCAAAUCUGCUCAUGUAGUUCAAGCGUUCAGAGAGUUGAACGUCUUUGAUGAUAUAAAGAAAUUGUUCUACACACAAACGCCCACUGUUGUUGUGCAGAGAAUAUUUGCAAUCUUUAAGUCAGUGAUGCUUUCUGACUACUUUGAGAUGCAAAAACUCUUAUUGGAUCACUUUUUGCCAGUUAUGUUCGACGCUGACAUCAACAGGCAUUUGGAUUUGAAGAAUCCAAAUAACAAUUACAACGUUGAGAGCUAUUUGUUUAACAGACGAUUAAUGAGAAUCAUCUAUCAAGUGUCGCAAGGUAAAUCAAAGAUAGCUGAAGCGCUGAAAGAAAUGAAGCACUUUCUCUUGUAUGUAGAGAAAGUUUCGAAAGAGGAAAUGAAUGCCCAAAGUAGCUUCUUCUUUAACAUUGUGCCCGAGUUCAUGACGAAAGAGGAUGAGGAGAAGAUGGAACAAAGAAGGAUUCAAGCUGUUUUCACAGAGACUGGUCAGUCAAUAAUUUAA